CAAAAAAAAAACAGCACAAAUGUAUUUGUCAUUUUCUAAUUCUUGAUCUGGGUUUUCAAGUUGUUUCUUGUAUUAUUUAAUCACGACCGACCAGCCUACUAGAAGCUGAACAAGUGAAAACACUCGAGCUAAAUUUAACUCCAACGUACAGAGCCGAUGUGAAAUGACUCAAGAUAACAGACUGGUGGUCUAGUUUGUAUUGCACUACGUGACAUGUGCCACAAGCGGGGCAAUCAAUGCAACAUAAUAGAAGAAAACACUGCGCUUUCUUCGUAUAUGUCGGUCUGAUCUGUGAGAAGGUCUGCAGCUGAAGCCUACGCACCGUUGGAGUGUGCAAAGAAAAUAAGACACGGAGUUGCAUCGGCAACUGACAAAACGAUGAAGUGAAUUGGCAAGUGGCUUUCGCAAGUGUACGUCCACAUUGCAGGUAUUUCUGUGAAAUUAUUGUCCUCUUAGUAUAUCGCGCGAAUUGACUGUCAAGGCCUCCUCAGUGCUACUAACAGAGACUCAGCGUCUUCCCGAGAGACCGCUUGCUCCACCUCCGGGCCGACCGGGCACAUUUCAAAGUUGACCGGGCGGACAAGGAUUCAAUGGCGGACCUGGGGCCCAACCUGGAAGAGGUUGUUCAUUUACACGUACUACUGAUGGCCAGUUCUGUACUGGUCGUGUGUAUCAUGGCGGCAAGUGCUGCGUUUCCCAACAAGUAAUAUUCGCCAAAGCCCCACCAAACCAACGAUGUGGUGUCCAAAUCUACGGCCUAGCUACAGCUCUGCCUGGAUGACAAAAACCGAUGACAAAGGAUAUGCUUUUGCUGCCUGCAAGCACCGGAAGCCAUUGUGGGAGCCGGAAAGAAGUCGUAGGCGCCAUGUUUUCGACACCGAUUACUCCUCUGCGUUGUGUCGACAGCCUUAUUUACCGACCCCCUGCUUGCGGAGCCACAGCGAUUCCCGGGAGAAGGAGGAUUUCCAGGGUACCGUGGCAGGCGCCGAUGUGCCUGCUGCUAACGGAAGCUCAGCGUCAACUCGGGAGACCGCUUGGACCACCUUUGGGCCGACCGGGCCCGCUUCCUGGAAGGCCGGGCACAUUUCCAAGUAGACCGGGGGGACAAGGAUUCCCUGGGGGACCCGGGAUCCGACCCGGAGGAGGUGGUUCAUUUCCACGUCCUGGUGGCGGCCAGAGCUGUGGCGGUCACGUGUGCCGUCCUGGUCAGCGCUGUGUUCCCCAACAAGUGCAGUGCUUCAGAGCCCCCUGUCCACCAAUCUAUCGAUGUGUCUGAAACCGAGUUUCCUCCAAGGAAAAACACAACGGAUGAACGUCAACUUGAUAAAUCUGUUAGUUCUUUCAAUAAAAGCACGUGGGUGCAGGAAGAAUUGGUCAAC